GUUCCGGGGUUCAGUCCCAGCUGAUGCAGCCGAGCUCCGCGUCCAAUAUCGGACAUCGAUCAUUGAUCAGCCGCGGAUCCGGUCAGUCGGUCGGUCGGUUCUUCUCGUAGCAGUUGUUCUCAGACCGGAUCGGACCGGACCUUGGUGUGUGUGUGUGUGUGUGUGUGUGUGUGUGCUGGGGGAUGAUCGGAGGGUGUGUUCGCUGACAGUCCGCUCGUGUUGUUGUGGUUCUGCGGAUGGAGAACACCGCGCAGCCUUCGCCCCUCCGGAUCACACCGACCGUCCGGGCUCUGAGCUCCGCACUGCGGGGGAAGCGGGACCAUGUGUCCGACUGCGGCCGGGCCAACGCGGUCCGGCUGUUCCCCGAACCCGACAAGCUGUGGUUCAAGGAGAGCAGCGCAAAAAACCUGCGGAACAGGGACUUCCUGUCACCCACCACCAUGCUCAACACACUGUUUGCGGACGGACAGGUUCCUCCGGUCAUCAUGUCCAGAGUCCUGUCCCUGCGGGGCUGUGGCGUUCUCCCUGUGGCCGGCGGGGAGGUGAUGGGGGAGGGGCUCAGGGUGAGGGUGGACCGGGCCGCCGCCUUCAGGGCCGUCCUGAUGGGCGGAGCCACAGAGUAUCUGAAGCCCUUCAGCGAGAGACAAGGCUGUGUGGUGGUCAACUGUCCAGCACUGCACCCCAAACCCAACCUCCCCACCCCUGAAACGCUGACCCUGGGUCAGCUCCGGACGGUUCUGUUAGCUGACCACAUGGGGGCGCUGCUGACGAGACAGGGUUUUUCAGUGUCCUUCUGCCCGAAGCUUCCUGAAGACAGUGACAUCAUCACCUUCCUGCAAACUCUGGGCGUGGAUUGGCCGACAGCUCCGGCCAGCUGGACCAAUGAGGAGCGGGAGGAGAAGAUCCAGGAAGUGCUGGAGAACUCUGUGUACAGAGAGAGGGAUGGUGGGAGAGGCAGGAGGACAAGCGGAGGAGGAGGAGGAGGGAGGAAGGUGGAGGAGGGUGAGGACGAGGGAGCGGUCAGGGUCAACCUCAAACGAGUGUUCCAGGAGGAGGGGCUGCUGGGAUACGACCCCAGCCUGGGGACCUGCACAGUUCAAAGAGACAGUGUUUCACAUCUGGCACAACUGGACCUCGCCACGACCGACUGCACAGUAUCCAUGGCAACAGCGUUACAUGUGACGUCCUGUCAGGAUGAGUUCCGGCAGCAGCAGAUAGCAAUGCUGUGGAGAGCCACCGGAGCGACGCAUACCCAGAGACAUCUGGUAUGUGGACCCGUCAAGACUCCUGGAUGUCAGCUGACAGCCGCACAGUAUCUGCAGCUGAGAAGAGGCCAGAUGAAAGAGGCCUCGGAGAUGAAGUAUGGAGACCAAGUAGAAGGUCAGACGUGGGAUGACAUCAUCAGGGUCAUGACCUCAGCCACCGUCAGGUUUGAGCUGCUGUCCACGGUCCACACCAGCCCGGUGACGCUGGACGUCCAGAGAGAAGGGGGCGUGUCCACCAAAGGGCCGCGAGGAGGCGUGUUCGUCAUGUACAACUGCGCCCGACUCCACACACUGUUCGACAGCUACGAGAGGGGGGUGGAGAAAGGUCUUUACCCAGAGAUACCGGAGGGCUCUCAGCUGGACUUCUCUACUCUCAAAGAGGAGGGCGAGUGGCUUCUCCUUUUCAAUUACCUCAUCCCCUUCUCUGAGCUGCUGGACCAAUCAGGACAGGCGUUGGACUGUGAAGGGGGCGGGGCCAGAGUCAACAUUAAGACUGAACAGAUCUGUAAAUUCCUGGUUUCUCUCAGUAAAGACUUCAGCUCCUACUACAACAGAGUCCACGUCCUCGGGGAGCCGCUGCCUCAUCUCUUCAACCAGAUGUUUUGUCGUCUGUAUCUCCUUCGAGCGCUCAGAGAGUUGUACCACAGCGCUCUGGAGACCCUCAACCUGCCCCCCAUCAGGCAGCUAUAGCAGCCCCGGGGUCCAGUGUCAUUACCCAUGAUUCAUGCAGACUGACUAAUGCACAUUCAGAUCCACGGUCCUUCACCGCAAAAAUAUGCUCCAAACUUUGUCUAAAUACUUAAAGGCUUCUGCGUCUCAGACAGAGAACAUGCAUAUGUCCACUUUAUUUCCGUUCCUCCAGUGGAGUUCAGUGUCAAAAACACUGUCUGAGGAUAAAAAAGGAUGUGGAUUUUGUACCGAAAUGAAUAACAGAGUCUUAUUAUCAUUAAGUUUCUGUUAGAGUUUGCUUAGAAUACAGGGUUUCUACCAGUAAAUCCCAAAGGCUGCAUUUUCAGGCAUUAAAAGAACUCUAAUACAACUGUGACAGGUCUUAAACAUUAAUUACAGCUGCAUAUUUUCCACUGUUACAUAUAUUUUUAUGUCAAAUCUGGCUCUAAUACCAACAUAGGUGAGCGGUUGAAACCAGGACUAAACAUCUGGAUCAGCAGAACUCUUUAAAAGUUAAAUACGUAACAUUUCUCAUUUGUGUUUGUAAAAAGAAGGUUAAACUCCGCCUACCUUCCAAUCAGCCAAUGAGGGAACGAGCAGACAUAGUCAAAAGCAAACAUCUCUAUUGA